AUGAGCCUGCCAACUUCUCAUCUACUCACACCGUCAAUCCCGCAACAUCAAACCUUGAAGAUCCCAUCUUUAUCCUUUCUCAUUGAAAACACAGCAAGCAAACGAAAACUGCUCUUCGAUCUUGGUCUGCGAAAAGACCCUUCAUCGCUACCACCCACAGUCCUGAAAUUUUUAUCUGAUUCGGAUUGGGAUUUAAGCGUCGACGAGAAUGUCUCGGAUAUUCUCAGCAAACAUAACAUAUCGCCAGAUGAGAUCGAGGCCGUUAUUCUGAGCCACCACCACUUCGAUCACGUGGGAGACCUCAGUCAAUUCUCCAAGACAACGGAUAUUGUUGUUGGCCCAGACUUCAAAACUACGUAUCUGCCAGGAUGGCCGAUCAACCCUGACUCGUCUCUCAUCGAUGCAGACUGGAAAGGGCGAAAUAUACAGGAAAUAUCAAUCCAGCAAGGCGCCAAUAUUCAAACCAUCGGUGGAUUUCAGGCGGUCGACUAUUUCGGCGAUGGAAGCUUGUUCCUGUUGAAUGCCCCGGGUCACACAAUCGGACAUUUGGCAGCUUUAGCAAGGGUCACCGUGGCUACCGACUCCGUCUCUGGUUCGGAACCUCAUGCCAGAGACACAUUUGUUUUCCUGGCUGGCGAUAUUUGUCAUUACCCUGGAACGUUUCGACCAAGCGAGCAAGAACCUCUUGACUCUGUUACUUGUUCCAGGAUGGGAGGGUGCCCGGCGGCAUUUUAUCUCGAUAUUCAUCCGCAGAAAAGCCUGAACCAACCAUUUUAUGAAAUGCCAGCAGAUGCCACCGUGGACGAAGUUGCUGCAAAAGCCUCUAUUCAAAGACUGUGCCAGUUUGAUGCGAAUGAAGAUGUGCUGGUGAUCAUUGGACAUGAUGCUUCCCUGGCUGGGAAGAUCGGUUUGUUUCCGGUGAAUGUCAACAAUUGGAAAGCUGAAGGGGUGAAGGAUAGACUGCAUUGGAGCUUUCUCCGAGAUUUUGGCAGGGACACGACGACCCUGUAG